CUGUCAGUGGAUUUUGUCAGUUUGCGACCAAUCGCCAGCAAGUGUAGAACACUUUAUGCGCGCUUUACUGUUACUAUUUUUAGACUGCAUUUCAAUUGUAAUGGCGAAAGGUUAACUUCCGUGUCUCGUGUUGAAGCAUUUAUAUAAAAAAAAAAGUAAACAAAAAAUGGCAGAAAUACCGGACAAGGAAAGUGGUAAGGAAGUGAAACUGGAUAGUACAACUUGUGCGAAGUGUCAAGAGGAAUUAACAAUAGAAAAGCAGGCGAAAUUACUUCAUUGUUUACACUCUUUCUGCCAAGCUUGUCUUGAAAAUUACUCUACAUCGAAGUCGAAAAAUGAGCCGAAAUGUGUUACAAAUAGUGACAGCACAAACUCACAGAACGCAGCGAAAUCUUCUGAUGGAGAAGUAACAUCAACUGAUGAUAGCAAAACAAGGUGCCCUGUUUGCAAUUUAGAAUAUACAGAGAGCAAUGUGCUGCCUAAUCCAUUUGUACAUACGUCAAAGAAGACUGAAGCUCGUGCUGAAGAUGGCUCUCCAUCAGACGGAGAGAAAUAUCCAAUAUGUACGUCAUGCGAAGAUAAUCAAAAAGCCACAUCAUUUUGUAUGGAAUGUCAAGAGUGGCUGUGUGACCCUUGUGUUGUUGCACACAAACGUGUUAAACUUACGAAGGAUCACAGCGUUUCAAACAAAGUCAAACCCGAUGAGGUAAAGGAAGGCGUAGUUGGUGAAAACAAGCAGAGACAUGUUUACUGUCAGACUCAUAAAACUGAAAUGCUUAAGCUCUUCUGUUUAACAUGUGAAACAUUGACCUGCCGUGACUGUCAGCUGAACGAACACAAAGAUCACAAGUACCAGUUUAUUGAAGAGACAAUGGAACAGCAGAAGAAAUUGCUUCUGGACGGCGUUGCCGAACUGAAAUCUCGAUUGAAAACUAAUCAAGAAAUGGCAGAAAAGAUCACUCAAAAGGAGAAAGACAUUAAAGACCAGCAAGUUGAAGUGUUCAAAGAAGUUAGAAAAGUUGCUGAUUUAAUAACCAAUGAAUUGAUCAGCUGGUGCAAGCAGCUCCUGAAUUUUCUUCAAGGCGUCUGCCAUGGGAGAAUAAAAGAUCUGACAUUUAAGAAAAAAGAGGUAGAUACAUUUGCUAAACGGGCACAGCAUACAAUAGAAUUUGUGGAAGCUGCUCUUCAGUCUGGUGAUGAUUUAUCAGUUCUGCAUACAAAAAGCUUUAUGGCAAAAAAUAUAAAGAAUUUAAAAGAGCAGACCAUCAACUUUCAGAACACGCUGCUAGAUUUAAAUAUCAAGUAUGAAAACGAUGCCAAGUUCUUGACAAAGAAUGUGAGCAAAAUGGGCUUUAUCAAUGUAAAUGGUAAGUCAUACCCACAACAAGCUGCUGCAGAACCACAGAAGCAGAAUCCACUGACUAAUUUAACCAAAGAAAACUUCUCUCAGCAAAUAGCAGAAUUAAUGAAUCAACAGCCACUGGCAACUAGAGAACAGUAUAAGAAUUUGCCAGUAGACAGGAAAAAACAAUUCUUGGCACAGUUAAUGGAAAGCCGAGGACGUCAGACUCAGAGACAGGCUGUAGCUCAACAGUUAAAUGUUCAACAACAGCAGCUGCAGCAGCAGCAACAGUUACAAAACCAAAAUCGUUUCGGACAGUUUAACACUGACAGUGGUGCAGUGCAGGAUUUGUAUAAAGUUAGACAGGGGCAACCCAUGAGAGCUCAAGGGCAGUAUUUUCCCCAGAACACAUUUCAACAAAAUAUGCCGUUUACAAGACAUCCACUACAACAGCAGCCUUUCAGGCCAGGACCAAGCCUUUCAGCCAACCUACAGCAGUGGCGUGGAACAAGACCUGCACAGCCAGGUUACUCUAGUGCUGACCUCGGUUUUGGUGUAUCUUCUACGCAAAAUUGGCAGGAAGCUUCAUACAAUUCUCUCCAAAAUCUGAUGUCUUUUAGCAAUGGAAACAUUCCUCCUUCGUCUCUACCUCAAGGAAAUGGGGGUCCUACAAGUUCAACAGUGUCCUCAAGCCUACCUAGACCUCCUAGUGGCAAUCCUAACCUCAUUCCAGGCAACAAACUACCACCUGGAAGAAUUGACAUAGAUCCCUUAAAUCUUCGUGGGGGCAGUGUAGAAACAGUGAGGGUUAAACAGGAACCAAGGGAUAAAGAUUUCAGUUCCUCUUGCCAGUUCAGUAACAGACCACCAACACAAACGACACCCAAACCAACAGAUAACAACCCAAGAUUGCAGUCUCCAUCAACCAGUACUAACCUCCAUUCCCCGGGCCAUACACCAAGUCCGAGUCAUUCCGACGGAGGUCCAGGGGCUGCUCAUGGUUCCUCAGUAUCUCCAGCCAUGCCUGAUAUUAAUGUAAUGGAUUCAGACAGGAAUGAACUCCUGCAGGGACUGGUCAAUCCCAGCGGCCAGAGGUUGAGUGCGUAUCACCUUCAACCAAAGCACGACCCAUCAGAUCCUUCAGAGGAUUACUGUGCUGUGUGUCACAAUGGUGGGGACCUACUUUGCUGUGACAAAUGCCCAAAAGUAUUCCAUUUACAAUGCCAUGUGCCAGCUAUCAGCACCAAUUUUUCCUCAAAAAGAGGGAUCAAACAAAAGAGUUACACAUUUGCGUUGUUACACCCACUAGCCGAAGCUAAAUGUGAGGUGUGGACAUGUACUCUGUGUACACCAGAUGAAGAAUGCAAAAUUACGUCCCCGAUACCGCGAGAGUAUGAGGUGACAAGCACUGGCAAACGUAAAGCUCCCAACGGUCUGGUUGACAAAGAAAUAAAGAUUUGUGAGCGGGUUAUAUUGGAAUUGUUCUGUUUGGAGAUUAGCACAGUAUUUCAUGAACCUGUUUCAAAAUCGGUUCCAAAUUACCACAAGAUAAUCAAGGAUCCAAUGGACUUUGGAACCAUCAAGUGCAAACUUCGUCGAGGGCAUUUUGCCCAUUACAAUUCUGUGGAAGAAUUCCUGUCAGAUGUCAAGCUUGUUUUCAAGAACUGUUUUAAAUACAACUCUGAAACAUCUGAUGUAUAUGCCGUCGGAAAAUCAGUUCAGAAUUAUUUUGAAUCUCUAGUGAAACAUUUCUUGCCAUGUUACGUAGACUACCUCAACCGAAACACACCAAGCCCAGUUAAUAUGUUGGAGACCAAUGGAGCAGAUGGUCCCAGCAGACACAAGAAGCGAAAAAGUCCUGCUCCCGAUUCAACAAGGGAUAAUAAUAGUCCGGUCCAUUUUUCCUGAAAAUGACUUGUAUUGUUAGGCAUGAUAAUAGUUGUUAUCGUGCACAUUUUAUACCACUUGACAUUCCAGAAAACUGCAUAAACAAUGCAACAAUUGUCAGUUAAUGUCGGAUCACAAAGAAAAGACUCCAAUACUUGAUUUUCUAUGGACAUGAAAGAAACAGUAUGCAGACAAGAUGAGAUUCCUUCUUUCUGAAUUAAAAUUGUCAGAAGUUGCAAGUUUGUUGGU